AUGGUUGGAGACAAUGCAACACUGGUGAUGGAGUUCACCCUGGUAGGACUCUCUGAUCACCCUGAGGCACAGACUACCUUCUUCUGGCUGCUGUUGAUUGUCUACAUAGUGACCCUGAUGGGGAACAGCCUCAUUGUGCUGUUGAUAGCUGUUGACCACCAACUCCACACUCCCAUGUACUUCUUCCUCAGCAACCUCUCCCUCCUCGACAUCUGCUACUCCUCCAGCUCUGCGCCACAGAUGCUGGCAAACUGCUUUGCAGAGAGACCCACCAUUUCUUUCAACAAGUGUUUUUCCCAGAUGUGCAUCUCUGUCUUCCUGGGGAUGACAGAGUGCCUCCUGCUGGCCACCAUGGCUUAUGACCGCUUUGUGGCCAUCUGCCAUCCCCUGCGUUACCCUCUGAUCAUAAGCUGGAAGGUCUGUAUCCAGCUGGCGGCCACUGCAUGGGUUAGUGCCUUCCUGCUCACCUUCAUCCCUAACAUGACGCUAAAAGAUCUUUUCUGUGGGCCCAGUGUCAUCAACCAUUUCACCUGUGAGGUGCAGGCCAUGCUGAAGCUGGCUUGCUCCCCAAACCAUGUCCACGAGGGGAUCAUGUUUACUAGUGGGGUCCUGACACUCCUUGUGCCCUUUGCCUUCAUCCUGGUGACUUAUAUACGCAUUGUGCUGGCUGUGCUGUGCAUCCGCUCAACUGAGGGCAGAAGCAAAGCCUUUUCCACCUGUGGAUCCCACCUGGCUGUGGUCACUAUAUUCUAUGGCACAGCCAUGUCCAUGUACCUGCAGCCUCCAUCCAAAUCUUCUUCUGACCAGGAUAAGCUCAUUGCUGUGUUUUAUGGAGUUGUCACCCCUAUGCUAAACCCCCUCAUCUACAGUUUGAGAAACAAGGAUGUGAAGGAGGCUCUGAAGAGACUUUCUGGCAGGAUAAUUCCUCCCUGA